AUGAAAAAUCGAUUAGAACAAUUACCAAAUGAGCUUUUAUGGCUUAUUUUAGAAUAUAUAUCACCAAUAGAUUUAUUUCAUAAAUUUUUUAAUCUUAAUCAACGUUUUAAUACAAUUCUUCGUUUAAUACAUUAUCGCUUUAAUCUUUUAUAUACAAAUCAAAAUCAAUUUAAUUUUUUUCUUAAUAUUAUUCUUCCAAAUAUUGAAUAUAAUUGGAUAGAAUCAUUAUAUAUUGAUGAUAUAACUAAUCGUCUUUAUAUAAUUAAUAAAUGUCAAUAUUUACGAUCAUUAACAAUUCAUCAUUUACAUACAGAAAAUAUUAAUUUAUUAGUUAAUAAUGUAUUAUUAGAAUUAAAACAAUUAAAUUAUUUACAUUUAUAUACAGAAUUUCGAUUAAGAGAUCAUGAUGUUAAUUCAUUAACUAAUAUUAUUUUUAGUCAACAAAUGCCUUCAUUAACAUAUUGUUAUUUAGGUUUUCAAGAUUAUAGUCGUAUGAGUUUUGAUCAUUUAGAUAUAACAAAUAAAACAUUAUCUUUAAAAACAUUAGUUAUUGAUCAAUGGUGUCGUUUAAGAGAUUUUAUUCGAUUACUUCAUUUUAUACCUAAUAUUAAACGUUUAACUGUUCGUUUAUUUGAUUCAAAUACAAAAGGAACAAUUGUUCCAUCUCUUAAUGCUAUUGAUGAUUUUACUACUCUUGUACCUCAUUUAAUUUUUCUUCGAGCUAAACUUGCUGAAAUUCCAUUUAUAAUUGCUACAAAAAUAUUAUUUCUUCGUUUACCAUCUAAACUUCAUGAAUUAUCACUUUCAACAUGGUCAAUUGAAUAUGGAAAUGGUGAUUUAUGGGAAACAAUUCUUUCAUCAAAAUUUCCUUAUUUAAAACAUUUUCGUUUAAUUAUAUCUCUUGAUCAAAUUCCUCAUACUUAUAUUACUGCAAAUAAUUUAGAUCUUGAUAAUAUUGUUAAAUCAUUUAAUCAAUCAAAAUAUUUUCUUGAUCAUCAUUGGAAUGUUUUAAUUAAUAUAAAUGAACAUGAUCGUCUUAAAUUUGUUUUACAUACAAUACCAUAUCCAAUAGAAAAUUUUCAAACAACACUUUAUAAUAUUCGUCGUUGUACAAUAUCACCAUUAAUAAUUAAAUCAACUUAUCAUUAUGUUAGUAAAUUAAGUUUAACAUUACAUAAUAAUCUUACUUCAUUAUUAUAUGAUUAUAAUGAAUAUCGAUAUUUUCCAAAUAUUGAACAAUUUAUUUUAUAUUCAAAUUUAAUAAAUAAUUCUAGACAAUUUCAAUCAAUAGAAUAUUUUAAUAAUUUAAAAACUAUGAUUAAUCUAUCAAAUAUAAUAUUAUUAAAUUGUCCAGAAGAAACUCGACAAUAUCCAAUAGAAUUAAUUAAUUUACUUUUAAAAAAUUUACCUAAACUUAAAACUUUAAUUGUAUCUUAUCGAUUAUAUACAUAUUUACAAACACAAUCGAUAUAUUAUUUAAAAAAUUUAACAUUAAUCUUUGCUAUUUAUUCAUCAAUAUCUCCACCAACGACAAGAAUGAGAUAUUUAUUAACACCAAAUCAAAUAUUAACAAAUGAAUUGAUAUUAGAACUUGUUCGAACAUCAUUUUCAGUAUUUUCUGAAUUACAAACAUUAACAUUGAUUGUAAGAGAUUUAGAUGGUUUUGAUAAUCAAUUUUCUGAAUGGUUGAAAACUAAUUUUCCCAUUGAACAAAAUAUUUUAUAUGAUUUCCUAAUAUUUGAUAAAAUAGUUCGAUUUUAUUUUUAG